CUAAAUUUAAAAUUUCUAGAAGCAGUCAAAGUGACAUAUAAAAUUCAGACGUGAGAAGACUGUCAGUUUCAUUUUGUGCGUUCUAAGGUGAUAAACGGAUUUUCGUGAAUAAACAAGUGAUAAAAUAAUAAUGCCUCGACGAGGACGAUCAGCUAGCCCUCCGCCGGCACCUCAGCGAAGAGCUGCUCCACCGCCGAGCAAUGUGCCUGCACGUGCCCCUCCGUCGGCGCCUGCUCCGAUGGCUGCCCAGCCUCAGCAACCAUCCUUAUUCGGUCAAAUGGCCGCUACAGCUGGAGGAGUAGCUGUAGGGUCUGCUGUGGGUCAUGUGGCUGGCAGCGCGCUAACAGGAAUGUUCAGUGGAGGAAGCAGCAGCGAACCGGCACAGCAACAGCAAGCCCCUCCUGCAGCUCAGACCUACAACCAGUACCAGGGACAACAGCCUCAAGGACCAUGCGCUUGGGAGAUCAAACAAUUCUUGGAGUGUGCGCAACAACAGCACGACUUGUCCCUCUGUGAGGGCUUCAAUGAGGCUCUACGCCAAUGCAAAGUCAACAACCACAUCUAAAUCUUUUAGUUCCAUUGAAGGUGCCAUAAAGUUAAAUUAUGCUGUAUAAUCUUCAGAAAUCAUUCACAUUUUUGUGCAAGAAAUGUGUUUAUACAAUGUCAUCAUUAAAAUCUUAUAUCAUAUUCAAAACAUUUUACCUAGACCUCAGAAUGGAGCACCUUCCUAGUAGAUACUAUUAUUGACGGGGAAUUGUUUCCAACUUUGUAUUUAAUUUUAUUUUUCUAGAAAA